AUGACUGCUGUGGCAUCUCCGCCUAGUGUGCAAUCGGGGUCUCGCUUGGGAUGGUAUAGCACUGGCAACGGAGGACAAGGAGCCCUCUCUUCAGUGGAUGCGGGAGAAGUGUCACGGAUGUUCAUGCCACGGAAACACGUUCAGCGCUCCAACUCCUCGUCCUCGCUGGGCUCGACUUCCUCUACCUCCUCUACCUCCACAACGACGGUGACCAACAGCGCGCAAGAUACCCAUACUGGCCAGACUCCCAACUCUGAAGUAAACACUUGGUCAUCAAAGAAGAAGCCCAUCAGAAAUCCUUGGCCAAGCUCGAAGGCCGAACCUGUCGCCGGUGUAACAAAUACUCGAUCACAAGCAGUUCCUGCUUUCUCAUCAGGACCUACGGCCUCAUCGACCAUGUCUGCCAUGCACCAGCCUUCGAAUAUUGUCCCGUCACAACACAUGCUCCAGUCGUCGCAACAAAAUGGUAUUCGGCAGACUAACGGGCAGUCUGCGGAACCACCUGCGAUUUUGGCGCUUACGCCCGUGAAUGGUACUUUCGAGAAGAAGCAAAUUAACGUGCCAUUCUACCCGGAAGUGCUGCGUAUUGGUCGCCAGACCAAUGCGAAGACAGUACCUACCCCUGUGAAUGGGUUCUUUGAUUCCAAGGUUCUCUCUCGCCAGCAUGCUGAGAUUUGGGCCGACAAAACUGGCAAGAUUUGGAUUCGUGAUGUCAAAUCCUCGAAUGGCACCUUUGUUAAUGGCAACCGUUUAUCGCCUGAGAACCGCGAGUCUGAACCACACGAGCUGCGCGAGAAUGAUACCCUGGAACUAGGAAUUGAUAUCGUUAGUGAGGAUCAAAAUACCAUUGUCCACCACAAGGUUUCUGCCAAGGUUGAACAUGCUGGUCUCUAUGGAACGACUCCGAACAUUUUGGACCUCAACUUCGGAGAUUUGGAUCCUGCCUCAGGCGGCGGCCUGCUGCCUUCACCUCUCAGUCAACCACUCUCUCACCUGCGUGGGCGCUCUGGUAGUAAUCUGAGCAAUCGCAGCGUUCAAAGCAACGCUAGCCAUCAACUGAAUGCCAUGCACCAACAACGCCAGAUGAACUAUUGGAACUCCCCAAUUUCCGUUGAACAGGUUGUGAAGAGACUCACUGGCGAGUUGAAACAAGCCAAGCAACAGUCUCAGGACCUUCGUCAGACAGAUGACUUUCUAACAGCCAUCAUGAAACCUGGCUAUGCCGAGAAGGAAAAGGCCAUGAAGCCUUCUCCCCUCGAGAGCAACGGUCCCCGUCAACUGAAUGGCCGCCCAAAGAUGCCUCGCGUCGACUCCUUCUCCAGGUUCUCUGAACCUCCCGCUCCUCCUCCCCAACAACCUCUUCCGGAGAAGCCAGAUGCACCACCGCGUGGUGGUUCGGAUGCGUUUUCGCCCUUGAAGCGCAGUGAUACCGAGAGGCCGAAAUCAGCUUCAACUAAUUCUCCUGUCUCGCGUGACUCGAGCCAGAUACUAGCCCUCCUUGAGUCGCUAUCCACUACCAAGCGAGAGCUUGAAACCCAAGGGACUCGCAUCAAAGAACUCGAAGAUCUCCUUCGCCAGGAAAAGACUGCUCGCGAAUCUGCGGAAGCGAAGUUGAAGCAGUUGGAGAUGCACUUGACGUCGGGCGAUGCGGACGUUGCGGAUGCCAACGCAGAGCGUGCUCUUGAUACCUCUAUAGAUCUUGUGUCCCAGGAUAAGCAAGAGCAUUAUGAGUUGGGAGCCGCUGGUCAAACCAACGGAUCCAUCCUUCCCUCGGAGGCUACGGCUUCUGAUGCCGAGAAGGCAGAGCCUUCCACCGAGGCACAACUCCAGCGUCAUCUUGAAUCUGUGAUGGAGCAGAUGGAUGAAAUGAGCAAGCAGAUGGCUUCCUUUAAGGAACGCGCAGAGAAGACCGAAGAUGACAACGUUGGGUUACGCAAGUCAUUGGCGGAGAUGAUUGAAACUAUCCGCCAAGAACGCGCUGAGAAGGCCUCGGCCGCUGUCACUGACAAUAAUCCGCGUAUACAGACCCAUGAUUCGAACAAGGCCAUUCUUGGACAUCUGGGUUCAGUCGAGAAUGGCACUGCGGAGCCAAAGAUGGGCGAUUCAUCCGUACAGCGCUUUGACGCGGUCUCGGAGAUUCAAGGAAUGGAUGCUACAGCCACGGCAAAUACGCGAUGGCAACGGCGCCAUUACCUGGAAGAGGCAAGCCCCUAUGCAUCCAUGCUUGGCGUGGUUCUUCUUGGAGUUGGCUUGAUGGCCUAUCUCAAUGGCUGGCAAAAGGUGGACAAAUGA